AUGAGUUAUCCAUUGACAGGUAUUUCCAAAACAUUAUCUUAUUCACAAUUGAGUAAUAAUAGACGAAUAUUAUGUUCUGUAUGUUUUUGUUAUCGUUCAUAUGAAUUAUUUUCUACUAAUUAUUGUUGUUCGUCAUUAAAAAAACAUAUUAAACGUAAAGUUUGUGAUUCAUGUGUUCAUCGACAUAUUCUAUCAAAACUUUAUUCAUGUUUAACUAGUUAUAUAACAUGUCCAGAAUUAAAUUGUUCUUUUUAUUUAUCUCAAUCAUCAAUAUGUGAUAUUCUUUUAAAAUAUGAAAGUAAUCAAUUAUUAAAUGAUUAUUUAUAUGAACUACAAUGGCAAGGAAAAAGUGAUGAAUGGAUAAAAAGAUAUGCAAUACGUUGUCCUGGAUGUAAUAUACCUAUUGAAAAAAAUGGAGGUUGUGAUGAAAUUAUUUGUAUUCGAUGUCAAAUACAUUUUUAUUGGUCAAAAGCUAAAAGAAAUCUUCCACAAACAAUUCUUCUCUAUUAUAAAUAA